UCGACAGCAGAACCACGUAAUUUUAUGUAAGAGUAAAAAAAUUUAAUCAUUGUAUAUCAAAAGUAAUUCAAGAUAAUUCUUCCCUUUGCAUCUUUGUACACUCUUUUCUGAUGAAAACUGAGAUAAUUGUUGCGUUGCUAUAACCUUGUAAAGCGAGUAAUUAUCAUAAAAUACAUCACUUAUUUUAUAACUAACUGAUAACAUGAGAUCAAGUAAUUCACUAGACAUAUAAAGGACAGAGAGUAUAUUAAGAUGUAACUUAUAUAUAAACACUUCUUGGGUGAAUUUAGAAUUAUCUCUAUGAUCGAUCAAGUGUUAUUAAAAUGAGACGUAAUAGGAAUUUGUUUUGAAUUUUACCGACCGAAGCAAGAGAAACAUCCUUAAAACAUUUUGUUGACUAUAUCAAUGCAUAUCUGAUAGUAGAAGAUGAAGCGCAGAGGCCUGGAUAGUAUAGAAAGUUGGAUUGUAGCUGCAGCUGGCAGCUUAGUUUUCUUAUUGGCCACAUGUCCUAUGAGACUUGGUGGACAGCUGUUUGUCUCAAUCCUUGAUCAUUUUGAAACCAACAGAAAAGAAGCCUCCUUUCCAUUCGCUAUAGCAUACCUCAUGAGAAGUGUGUCAGGUCCAUUUGCUGGAUUUGUUGGAGAAAAAUUCGGACUGCGGGCAGUGACUAUAGCUGGAUCUUUAUUUUGUGCAAUAGGUGUAGGUGGAUGCUUUUUUGCCCAAAAUAUAAUUGCUGUUGAUAUCUUCUUAGGAUUGAUAUACGGAAUUGGAUUCGGAUGGUCAACAGCUGUGAUACCAGAAAUCAUAAAUCUAUAUUUCGAUAAACACAGAGCCAAAGCUCAAGGCAUCAUCUUCGGAGGUAGUGGAGUUGGAGCAUUUAUAAUUCCACCCAUAUUAGAAAUGAUAUUAUUUGGAGUUGGUAUGUCAGGAACAUUUUUAAUCAUAUCCGCCAUCGUUUUACACAGUGUUCCUGCGGCCAUGCUACUGACGAAACGACUGCCUGAAUCUUCGUACAAUCGCAAAGCACGUGUGGUUGAACUAGAUACUUCAAACUGCCAAACGAUGAGCGAACGACAAACAACAUCGAAUUGUGUGAACAUUAAUAACUUGAUUAAAGAAAAAAACGAACCACUAAGUGUCGACAGUCUUAAAUCAUACGUGGAAUUCUCGAGUUUCGAAUCAGUCUUAGAAAAAGAUGUCUUGAGAAAUAAAGCAAAUGAAUUCCAUUUCAAUGUUGGUACUGAAAGUGUAACUAAGACUAAUCCAAGUUCAUUCUCGUUAGAAAAUUUCAACUUGUUUUCUGUUGCUCAAGAAAGUGCUGAAAAGCAAAAAGGAAAUCCUAUGCUACUAAAUGGUGCCAACUUAAAUGGUCAAGCAGCAUCAUGCGAAAUGAAUGGGAAAAGCAUGAAAUGCAGUAACAACUGUUGCCAAAAAACAUCAAAUAAAUCAUUAUUUAAUACUCUAAAAAUACUAUGGCAGCCUACAUUUUUAGUCGUAUCAUUCAUUCAAAGUGCGCAUUUUUAUGUGAUGUAUAUAUGUUGGACAAUCAUUGUCGACGUUAUUCGCGACAAAGGGAUUGAUUACUCCCAAGAGGUAUAUUUUGUGAUGGCAAUGUCCUUCUUCGAUACUAUAGGACGCUUUUGUUUGACUUCUGUUACAGACUGUGGCUACAUAACCAACAGCAAUUUUAGUGCCGUGUGCUUUGCAGGGAUGGGGUUAUUUUGUUUCUUGCUGACACUAGUUUCUGGCUUCUAUCCGACAAUGGUAGCCAUAUCUGCUUUGGGUUUGAUGUAUGGAGGCAAUACAUCUGGACUUCCAGGAAUUGUCACUGACUUCUUUAAUGAGGAGAAGCGAUCCAUGGCUAUGGCUUCUCGUUUGACUCUCUAUGCACCCAUGAGUUUCACCAUGUCUCCAUUAAUAGGUUAUUUCAGAGGUAAUUUGGGCUCAUAUAAUGGUCUCCUUUAUGUAAUGACAUCCAUAUGCAUAAUAUGUACUGUUACGCUUAUCCUGUUACCACGGAUUUUGAACCAUAAAAUAAACCUUCCAAAAGCGAAGAAAUGAAGGAAGCAAAGGAAAAACCAUUAGUAUCCAAGAGAUAGAAGCAUCGCAGGAGAAGAGUGCAAAUAUUUUUUUUCUUCAAAUUAUCAAUUUCAAAGAAAUAAAAAAGAAUCAUAAAAACAAAAGACUUUUAAACGAAUCGUUAGGAACAAAGAAAUUCUAAAUCUUGAGAACCAAGAAAUUU